GCCCCGCCCCCCGGCCGAGCCGUUGACGCCCCGUCCGACGCACGCCGCGUCUUAGCCCGUCGCUUCCAAGAUGGCGCAGGUGCUGAGGGCGGCUGUGGCGGCGGCGUGCGCAGGAGGGCUGUUCUCACGACUGCAGGCUCCCGUUCCCACAGGGAGAGCCUUUUCCACCCCCCGGUCCUCAGGUCGCGUGGCCAGUGCUGCCGUGUGGGCCCUGGGGCGGCUCAACCACGUGGCCAUCGCCGUGCCGGACCUGGAAAAGGCCCGGGCCUUUUACCGGGACGCGCUGGGGGCCCCGGUCAGCGAGGUGUCCCCCCUUCCUGAGCACGGAGUGUCUGUGGUUUUCGUCGACCUCGGGAACACCAAACUGGAGCUGCUUCACCCGCUGGGAGAGGACAGUCCGAUCGCGGGGUUUCUGCAGAAGAACAAGGCCGGAGGCAUGCACCACGUCUGCAUUGAGGUGGAUGACAUAAAUGCCGCUGUGAAGGACUUGAAAGAGAAGAAGAUCCGUAGUCUAAGUGACGAGGCCAAGAUAGGGGCCCACGGAAAACCCGUCAUCUUCCUGCACCCCAAGGACUGUGGGGGCGUCCUGGUGGAGCUGGAGCAGGCCUGAGCGUGUAAGGAGCUGCGGUAGUGACCGGGAAGCGCCCCGGGUCCUUCGGCUUUGAGUCCUUCACUCCUUCGGUCACUUCAGAGUUAAAACCAAAUCACAGAAUGAGGUUCAAAAAGUCAUGUACAUGUGUGUAUAUAUAUACCGUGUGUGUCCCCAAAAACGUGUACACCCUCUGAAUAAUUAUGAAUUCCAAUGGGUUAAAUCUGAAAAGAAAGACACAUCAAUUGAGCGUCAGCUAAGUGUAUCUACAUUUUUGGGGACACACACCUGUAUGUGUGUGUGUGUGUGUGUGUGUGUAUUUGAUUUGGAGAAAAUUGUGAUCACUGAAUGCCUAAGGAAUAUUAUUAAAAUCAUAUUCAUAGAAACACA